CCCGUGCAAAGCUUAGGCACAUUUUGCCAAGGUUAACCUCAAUAGCUGAACGACUUUGUCGAUGAGCUUUGCAGUCUGGUACACUUCUACCAGAGUCACUUGAACUCCGCGAUUCAUUCGCAAGAGUAGUCAGGCCCUACUUCCUCGCGAAUAGCAUCGGUAAAGAUCAUACUGGGGGAGCGCAGGGAUUGACCAAACGAGAAUGUCUGCCCCCUGUACCACGUAUCGUUCAGAGACCUCAGUGAAGCCCAAUACUGGAUCGAACGAGACCGAAGGCCAGGUUCAAGUGUAAGGCCCAUCCAUUGGCCUAGGUGUAACUGGAACAUAAGAAAGAGGCAUGAUGAGCGAGGACUCAAACGGUGAAUCCACCUUUGAGAUUGUGGACGGGAAGGGAACUAGUCAGGAUGAAGUGUCUUCACUCGUUCAACUGGCGAACGCACAGACUGUUCCUCCACAGCUUCCUGCACCAGGGAACACUUUUCUGAUGGGUAGCCCUGCCCCAAUGAUGCAGAAUCCUCCAGCCUUUGAAAACAAUCCAGGGAUGUCCCCAGUUGCCAUGGGAACACAACCUGAUGCCUUUGUUCCAGCUCCUCCAAUGCAUAUCUCUCCUUCCUAUCAAUAUGCUGCCAGCCAUGGUGAUCAGCUUGAUACAGACCUCCACCUUGAGACCAUUCCAGACAUCUUGAAGUCGGUUCCAGAGAUCUUCCUGACCUUGGAUCGGUCCAGGCAAGCUUCGCAGACAUGGAUCUACAGGAUGGUCCACAAUUGUCUCCCCAAAAAUCAUGAAGGCAAUUCAUUAGAAGUUUCUGAACCUGAAGAGAUUCAUUGGGGGACCUAUGACUACUUAGAUAUGCUGAAACAGGCCAUUAGAGACGCCUUCGCCCCAGAAGGAUCUGAGAUGAUCGAAGGAAGUCUGUUGGCAUUCAAAGAGAGACUGCACGAAGUCAUUGAAAAUUAUGGAAGUCAUAUUGAACACUAG